AUGAUCAUAUUAAAUUGGACACUUCCUAUAAUUAUAGCAUGUAGUUUUUUGAUCUCACCAAUAGGUUUUCAAUAUGAAUCCGAAUCUCAUUUUUGUACUUUAACUAGUAAAGUAUUUCAUACAUCAUUUACAUUAAUGGUAGUUGCAUUUGUUAUUCCUGUAAAUAUUAUUAUUACUCUUUAUGUUCUUAUUUUAAAACAUACAACACAUACGAAUCGUGUUCAACCAAGUACCAUUACAAGAAAAAAUAAUAAACGAAAUCUCAAAGUAUAUCGAAAUAUUCUAAUGCUAUUGGGUAUUGUACUAAUUGGUGGAACACCAUAUCUUUUAUGUAUUCUAAUUAAUAAAUUCAGUGCAACUCCAUGGCCAUUAUAUUCAAUGGCAGUAUUAUUUAUUACAAUGGCAGCUAUUGUUGAAUCGGUCACAAUAUUUCUUACUAACAAAGAUGUCAAAAGAAUCGUUUAUGCUAAGAUUAAUGUUUUUCAAGCAGAAAAAACGCAAACAUUCAGCAUUGAAACAACGAUGAAAACAAUGACACACCAUAAUGAACUAAAAAAGAGACAAACCAUAACAAUAAAUGCAUAG